CGACUACUCAUUAAAGGUGGACGAAUUAUCAAUGAUGACCACUCCUUCUAUGCAGACUUAUACCUUGAGGAUGGACUUAUAAAGCAAAUAGGAGAGAAUCUGAUUGUUCCUGGAGGAGUCAAGACCAUAGAAGCUAAUGGGCGCAUGGUUAUUCCUGGGGGAAUAGACGUCAACACUUACCUACAAAAGCCCUACCAAGGAAUGACUGCUGUUGAUGACUUCUAUCAAGGCACAAAAGCAGCCCUAGCAGGGGGCACCACCAUGAUCAUUGACCACGUGUUUCCAGAACCUGGUUCAAGUUUACUGAGCUCCUUUGAGAAAUGGCAUGAGGCAGCUGACACCAAAUCCUGUUGUGAUUACUCUCUCCAUGUUGAUAUCACCAGCUGGUAUGAUGGGAUUCGAGAAGAACUGGAAAUACUGGUGCAAGACAAAGGUGUGAACUCUUUUCAAGUCUACAUGGCCUACAAAGAUCUCUACCAAAUGUCCGACAGCCAGCUUUAUGAAGCCUUUACCUUUCUAAAAAGUCUUGGGGCUGUUAUCCUGGUUCAUGCUGAAAAUGGAGACUUGAUAGCUCAGGAACAAAAGCGCAUCCUGGAGAUGGGAAUCACUGGACCCGAGGGACAUGCCCUGAGCAGGCCUGAGGAGCUGGAAGCAGAAGCAGUUUUCCGUGCCAUCACCAUUGCCAGUCGAAUAAACUGCCCAGUGUACAUCACCAAGGUGAUGAGCAAGAGUGCGGCUGAUAUCAUUGCACUGGCCAGAAAGAAAGGUCCCCUUGUUUUUGGAGAGCCGAUCACUGCCAGCUUGGGGACAGAUGGAACACAUUACUGGAGCAAAAACUGGGCCAAGGCUGCAGCUUUUGUGACCUCGCCACCUCUGAGCCCUGAUCCUACCACUCCAGAUCACUUAAAUUCGCUCUUAGCAUGGUGAGACCUCCA